GUUAGCGCGAUCGCGUUUUAUUUCUUUUGGCGUUGGCAAGUCGAGCGGGCAGAGCCGUUUCCUACUUUUCAGCGUAGCGAGCACUGGUACGACAUUAAGGUCUUGCGCCGGUCUGCAAAGGAAGCGACGAAGGAGCUCUCAGCGCAGACGGCAAAUUCGUGGACGUCGAGGUUGUAUGCCGCCUGUGGAAUCAAAACUUCUAAGGUCUCGCAUGCGCCUCGCGUUGCUGCGGCACAAAACGCCGACAUGGAUGGAGUGUCAGAAGGACAAAUACGACGCGCCGGUAGAUGGAAU